AUGCUGUCUGUUCUGCUGCUCGUCGGGCUCGAUGUCAUCAAUAAUGGACGACUGAUGCCAGAGUCUGAAUCGACCCUUCUGCAGGUGGCCAUCCUGCAGAAGCAAGGCGUGGGGCUCGACCUGGAGAUUCUGGCGCGAGGCAUGCGCUUGUUGGGCAUUGAUCUCCUCGGCAGUAUUCAGAAUAUCGUCGCCGCUAGCAUCCCACGCUCGACAGCCACCCUCGGCAAUUACAUCAAAGAGCACGAAACAUUUAAAGACCGGCACGUGUCUAAAGUGCUGAAGCAGGCCGAGAAAAAGUACCCUCUCCUUGGCACAGCUCUACUCAACGUCUUCUUUCCUGGAUCUUUGCGUGUCGACAAAAACAAUGUGGAGGCAAUCGCAUUCUAG